CGCCAGCCAAUCCAUUCUCUCGGUCUUCGUCUGCUCCGGUAUUGCAACUGCCUCCAUUGAUCGAGUCUGGACCAGCAUGGCGGCGUCCAUGUAACCCGGCCCGCGCCGCAAAGGGAACGGCGGCGGCAGCAGCGCGGGCCCCGCGGGGGUUAGAGGUCAUCAUGCUCAGGGUCGCGUGGAGGGCGCUGAGUUUGAUUCGGACCCAGGCCCCAGUGUUCGGGCUGCCGGGCGGUGGGAGCGCCAGGUUUCCUUUCAACCAGCGGGGCCUGCAGCCUCGAAGUCUCCUCCUCCAGGCCGCGCGCGGAUAUGUCAUCCAGAAACCAGCCCAGCCUGGGCAGGAUGAUGACCCACCUCCUUCUACACUGCUCAAAGACUACCAGAAUGUCCCUGGAAUUGAGAAGGUUGAUGAUGUCGUGAAAAGACUCUUGUCUUUGGAAAUGGCCAACAAGAAGGAGAUGCUAAAAAUGAAGCAAGAACAGUUGAUGAAGAAGAUUGAUGCAAACCCGGAGGACACCAGAUCCCUGGAGGCUCGAAUUGUUGCCUUGUCCGUCAAGAUCCGCAGUUACGAAGAACACAUGCAGAAACAUCGAAAGGACAAAGCCCACAAACGCUAUCUGCUGAUGAGCAUUGACCAGAGGAAAAAGAUGCUCAAAAACCUCCGUAACACCAACUAUGAUGUCUUUGAGAAGAUAUGCAGGGAGCUGGGGAUUGAGUACACCUUCCCCCCUCUGUAUUACCGAAGAGCCCACCGCCGAUUCGUGACCAAGAAGGCUCUGUGCAUUCGGGUUUUCCAGGAGACUCAAAAGCUGAAGAAGCAGAAAAGAGCCUUAAAGGCUGCAGCAGCAGCCGAAAAACAAGCAAAGCAGAGGAACCCAGACAGCCCUGCCAAAGCUGGACCAGACACACUCAAAGACAGCCAAUAAAUUCUGUUUAAUCAUUUC